GUCGUCGGUGCUGGUGCCGCGCGCCGCCUCUGGUCGCCCUCUCCACCUCCCGCGCUCUGCCGGGCUGCCGGUGUCCCCGAGGACCCGAGGGCUUUUUCGGGAGUUUAGAGAAAGCUACGUCUUUAAGUUCUUUUGGGUUCGAAACUUUACAGAACUACUGAGCGCAACAAAGGGAAAGAGAGCCCAGACGUCUCGCAGCUGAAGAGAGGCAGGGGCGGCGGGCCGGACGCGCGCGGGACCCCAGACUCUCCGCGCACCCACCACGUCUCUGUCUCUCCCCCUUUCCCUCCUAGUUCUGGAAGGGAUGGAGGAGGCGGAGGCCGACUGCGCCCUAGCGUUCGCCGAGGCCCAGAGAUGGGUGGAGGCAGUAACACAGAAGAAUUUUGAAACGAAGGAUUUUCGAGCCUCUCUAGAGAAUGGUGUUCUGUUGUGUGAUUUGAUUAAUAAGCUUAAACCUGGUGUCAUUAAGAAGAUCAAUAGACUGUCCACACCGAUAGCAGGCUUGGAUAAUAUAAACGUUUUUUUGAAAGCUUGUGAACAGAUUGGAUUGAAAGAAGCCCAGCUUUUCCAUCCUGGGGAUCUACAGGAUUUAUCAAAUCGAGUCACUGUCAAGCAAGAAGAGACUGACAGGAGAGUGAAAAAUGUUUUGAUAACUUUGUACUGGCUGGGAAGAAAAGCACAAAGUAACCCCUACUAUAAUGGUCCCUGUCUUAAUUUGAAAGCAUUUGAGAAUCUUUUAGGACAAGCUCUGACUAAGGCCCUUGAAGACUCCAGCUGCCUGAAAAGGAGUGGCAGGGAUAGUGGUUACAGUGAUAUCUGGUGUGCUGAGCGUGGAGAAUUCCCUGCUCCUCCAGGCAACCAUAAGAGAGAAGAUUCAUUUGAAAGCUUGGACUCUCUGGGGUCCAGGUCACUCACAAGCUGCUCCUCUGAUACCACGUUGAGGGGGCCACGUGAAGGUUGUGAAAGUGACACAGAUUCUGAAUCUACAUUCAAAAUGCAGGAUCACAAUAAAGAUGACAUGUCCUAUCGAAGGAUUUCAGCUAUUGAACCAAAGUCUGCUUUACCAUUCAAUCGCUUUUUACCCAAUAAGAGCAGACAGCCGUCCUAUGUGCCGGCGCCCUUGAGGAAGAAAAAGCUGGACAAAAACGAGGAUAACAGAAGAAGCUGGGCAAGCCCAGCCUACACAGAAGCAGACGGAACGUUUCCAAGUAACAAGAGGAGAGCUUGGGGAAAAAACGUGGAGAACUGGUCAACAGCACAAGAAACUUCAAACUCCUCUUGUUACUUGGAAGAGGAAGAAGAAAAGACAAGCAUACCCAACACUGUAAAGGAUGAUCUUUAUGUGCGAAAGCUAAGUCCAAUCCUGCCAAGCCCAGGGAACGCUUUUGAUCAGUUUCUUCCCAAAUGCUGGAUCCCAGAAGAUGUGAACUGGAAACGAAUAAAAAGGGAAACUUAUAAACCCUGGUAUAAAGAAUUUCAGGGAUUCAGAAGGAGUUCAGGCUCUGAGGAUGAGGAUUCAGGCUCUGACAGAAGCCCCGUCGUUUUUAGUAGAAUACAAAACGCAGAUCCCAGGCUAGACAGCAACUGUCAAAGACGUUCACUCUUGCUGGAACUGGCUAUCAAACGGGCCAGAAACUCCCGGGACACCCAUGCAGCCGGGAGGACCAGUGGUGCUGCGGAUGAGCCCAGUCAGUUUCUAUUGCUUCAGGCCCUCCAGACAUACUCUGAUGACUUCCUGUCUUCUGAAACAAAUGUCAAAACUGAUCCCACUGCUGGCCCAAGGCUCAUAACACGCAGAAAGAACCUCUCUUACGCACCAGGGUAUAGACCAGAAGACCUCGAGAUGGCAGCCCUGGAUCCUGACUUAGAGAAUGAUGAUUUCUUUGUCAGAAAGACUGGGGCUUUCCAUGCAAAUCCGUGUGUGGUCCGGGCGUUUGAAGACUUGAGAAGACUCUCUGAGCAAGAUGAUCCUGUCGAGCGAGAUAUAAUUCUGCAGUGUCGGGAAGGUGAACUUGUACUUCCAGACCUAGAAAAAGAUGAUAUGAUUGUUCGCCGCAUUCCAGCACAGAAGAAAGAGGUUCCUCUGUCGGGGGCCCCGGAUAAAUACCAGCCAGUCCCGUUCCCUGACCCCUGGACUCUGCCUCCGGAAAUUCAAGCAAAAUUUCUCUGUGUCCUUGAAAGGACGUGCCCACCCAAAGAAAAAAGUAGUAGCUGUAGACUGUUAGUUCCUUCAUGUAGGCAGAAGAAAGAUGACAUGUUGGCUCGGAAGAUCCAGUCUUGGAAGCUGGGAACGACUGUGCCUCCCAUCAGUUUCAUGCCUGGUCCCUGCAGUGCGGCGGACUUACAGAAGUGGGAGGCCAUCCGGGAGGCCAGCAGGCUUAGGCACAAGAAGCGGCUGAUGGUUGAGAGACUCUUUCAAAAGAUUUAUGGUGAGAAUGGGAGUAAGUCCAUGAGUGAUGUCAGCGCGGAGGACAUUCAGAACUUGCGUCAGCUGCGUUACGAGGAGAUGCAGAAAAUAAAGUCACAAUUAAAAGAGCAAGAUCAGAAAUGGCAGGAUGACCUUGCAAAAUGGAAAGAUCGUCGAAAAAGCUACACUUCAGAUCUGCAGAAGAAAAAAGAAGAGAGGGAAGAGAUUGAGAAGCUGGCGCUUGAGAAGUCUGAGAGAAAAUCUAAGACAUUUAACGAAAUGCUGCAGGACAGGGAGUCCCAAAGUCAGAUGCCUACAGCUACAUCAAGGAGGAGAUUGUAUUCUUCUGAUGACGUAUUCACUGAAGAAAAGCUUCCCCCUACACUGACUAUGUCAGAAGCAAGUUACCAGAGUGAGAGGGUAGAAGAGAAGGGGACAACUUAUCCUGCAGAAAUUUCUAAACAAGAUUCUACAACUUUUGCCAAAAGGGAGGAUGCUGUAACAGCUGAAAUUCAGCUUCCUUCUAAAAGCCUCUGGGAGGAACACCACCCAGCCUCUUUGUCUUCUCAGCAUUCACUGAAUAUACAAGUGGAGUCGAAUCGAGUUUCAGCUUCUCUCCCCAGAAGUUACCAGAGAUCUGAUACGGCCAGGUUAACAUCUGUGGUCACACCAAGACCUUUUGGCUCUCAGUCAAGGGGAAUCUCAUCACUCCCAAGAUCCUACACGAUGGAUGAUGGUUGGAAGUAUAAUGGAGACGUAGGAGGCGUUAAGAGAACCCAAAGCGAUUUGGUUAGCACCUCUCUGCAAAAACCGGACAAAAGCCAGCUGGCGCCCAGCUCAUCCAGCGAAGGACAGGCAGCAGCCUCCCGAGAAGGUGUGAUGAGGUUGCCCUCUCCUACACCCCCCGUCUCAUCUCCUUCCCAGGACCAUGCUGCCGCUUCUAAAGACACAUUAUCUUCAACAUCCAGUCCUGAUUUAAUGUCUGAGCUUGGAGAAGGGAGAAGCUCCCCACAGUCAGAGGUCUCAAGACCACAGGAUCAGUUCAGUGAUAUGAGAAUCAGCAUAAACCAGACGCCCGGGAACAGUCUUGACUUUGGGUUUACAGUAAAAUGGGCUUAUUCCGGGAUCUUCGUAGCAUCAGUCGAAGCAGGUAGCCCAGCAGAAUUUUCUCAGCUACAGGUAGAUGAUGAAAUUAUUGCUGUCAACAACACCAAGUGUUCAUAUAAGGACACAAAAGAGUGGGAGGAAACCAUGGCUAAAGCGCAGGAAGCUGGAAACCUAGUAAUGGAUAUCAGGCGCCAUGGAAAGUCUGACUGGGGCACAGACCAACCUUCCCUGCCAUUUACACGGCAUAAAACCCUCAAUCUCACCAGUAUGGCUACCAAAAUUAUAGGUUCACCUGAAACAAAGUGGAUUGAUGCAACUUCCGGAAUUUACAGCUCAGACAAAUCUUCAGAUCUAUCAAUGACAACUGAUUUCUCAGAAAGCCUUUGGCAUUCUAAAACUGAAUCCAAGGAAAUCAAUGGCAUUCCUGAGGAAAGCAAUACUUUUGAAUCAAAAGGAAGCUCCGAUUCCGUGGUGCCUGAUCUUCCAGUCCCAACCAUCAGCGCCCCGAGUCGCCGGGCGUGGGAUCAAGAGGAGGAGCGGAGGAGGCAGGAGAGGUGGCAGAAGGAGCAGGACCGCCUGCUGCAGGAAAAAUAUCAACGUGAACAGGAGAAACUAAGGGAAGAGUGGCAGAGGGCUAAGCAGGAGGCUGAGAGAGAGAAUUCCAAGUACUUGAAUGAGGAACUGAUGGUCCUGAACUCCAACAGCCUGUCUCUCUCCACCCGGGACCCUGCCCUCGCCAGCCGGGGUGAAGAGUCCAAGGCUCCUGACACAGAGGGAACGCGGGCAGAGGAGGAGACCAGGCAGCAGCAGCACGAGGAAGGCCUGAAUGAGGACCAGAGCAGGAAGCUGCUGGAACAGCUCACUCUUGAGAAAGAGAGGAAGCUGAAGGAGCAGCGGUACCAGGAAGAGCAGGAGCAGAAGCGGCAUCAGGCAGAGGCCGAGGCCGACGAGCAGAAGCGCCAGGCAGAGAGAGAGAGGGAAACUUCCAUCAAAAUAUACCAGUACAGAAGGCCUAUUGAUUCCUAUGAUAUACCAAACAGAGAGGAAGAAUCUUCAGGGCUGCUUCCCAGUGACAGGAAUAAAUCCAGAUCCACUACUGAGCUGGAUGAUUACCCCACAAAUAAAAAUGGAAGUAAUAGAUAUGUGGACCGAAUUGGGAGCAGUAUCUCAUCACAGAAGAGCUCCAAGAAGGAACAAGUUCCAUCAGGAGCAGAGUUGGAGAGACAACAGAUCCUUCAAGAAAUGAGGAAGAGAACAUCCCUUUACGAUGACAACAGCUGGAUCCGACAGCGCAGUUCCAGCGUCAAUAAGGAGCCUAUCUGUCUGCCUGGAAUUAUGAGAAGAGGUGAAUCUCUGGAUAACCUGGAUUCCCCAAAAACUAGUUCUUGGAGACAGUCCUCUUGGCUCAAUCAGCCUUCAGGGGUCUACGCCUCUUCCUCUGUCCAAGACUUCAGUCGUCCCCCACCACAGCUGGUGUCCACAUCCAACCGUGCCUACAUGCGAAACCCAUCCUCCGGCGUACCUCCUCCUGCAGCUGGCUCCGUGAAGACCGCCCCACCUACCCCGACACCGCGCAGCCAUUCCCCUGUGGCUCCACAGCCACGCAGCAGGUCGGUCAGUGGGAAGCGCGUGUGUUCCUACUGCGAUAACAUUCUGGGCAGAGGAGCCGCCAUGAUCAUCGAGUCCCUGGGUCUUUGUUAUCAUUUACAUUGUUUUAAGUGCACGGCCUGUGAGCGGGACCUCGGAGGCUCUUCCUCAGGAGCCGAAGUCAGAAUCCGAAACAGCCAGCUGUACUGCAAUGACUGCUAUCUCAGAUUCAAAUCUGGACGGCCAACCGCCAUGUGAUGUAAGCCUCCACACGAAAGCACUGUUGCAGAUAGAAGAAGAGGUGGUUGCUGCUGAUUUAGAUCUAUAAAUGUCUAUUGUAUGUCCUUUUGCUUUUUUUUUUCCUUAAGAAAUAACACUUUUCCUGGCCUCUUUAGAGUACCUCAGAGCAUUAUACUCUUUCUUGGUAGAACCUGUAUUUUUGUUGUUUAUUUAUAAGAAGGUAAUUAUGUGUGUGUGUGUGUGUGUGUGUGUGUGUGUGUGUGUGUGUGUGUGUGUGUUGGGGGAAGUACAGUAUUUCCUUUCUGAAUUCAGCAUCCUCAAAGCACCAGGGAAAAAAAUAAGAAUAUCGAAAUAUUUUUGAGGCCGAUAAUGAUCUAAUUUGACUUUCUAGUGGUGUUCUGAAGAGGGUUAUUUUAUUGUUUUUUUUUUUAUCGGUUCUGAAACAUUAUUUGAAAUAGUUAAUAUAAAUAUGUCACUGCAUUUGCUCUGUUUAUUGUCAUGUAUGCUAAAUUAAUGCAGGACCAUGUGGAAAAUUUCACUGAGAUCCACCCCCAAAUUUGCUUUCUGUAUCCUUCUUUUCAUCUAUGUAAUAUUGCAAUUACAAUUUUUUUUUAACUUACCUAACAUUUUACUUGCUUGAUGAGGGGAGCUCUGUUUUCUUCACCAGAAUUGUCGCUAAGCAGUUCCCAGUAGAAAGUUGCUUCUUUUCAUUCAUGGAAGAUCUUCAUGGUUUGUAUGCCAGAGGCUUUCUCCAGAAACUAGUGAGCCUUUCUGUUCAACUGCAUUUGUAAAUAAACUUGCUGAUGCAUUCAA